AUGGUGAUUGAUACAUCUCCUCUGGAAGGUCUUUUGGGAACCAUGUUGGAGGUGCUACUGGACAAGUUUGACGACAUGGAACGUAAAUUGUCGGAACUUCAAAUCGAGUUGAAAGAGCACCGCGAGGAAGUGGAACGGAACCGCAUCCCAGAUUGUGUCUCGCCAACAUCAGCCACACCGCCGCUAGAUAGCACAACAACAACACCUACAACAACGACUACAACGCAAUCAACGGUGACUGAUCCACAAAUCUACGCAUCGUGCAAGGACGCUCCAACAAACGUUUCAGGAGUUUAUCUCAUCCGCAUCAACGACACUAGUGCGCCGUUUAAGGUCUAUUGUGAGAUGGAGUCGUUUGAAGGCGGUUGGAUUGUCUUUCAACAUCGCUUCGACGGUUCGAUUAAUUUUUACCGGAACUGGGACCAAUAUCGUGAUGGCUUUGGUGAGGUGGACAGUGAAUUUUGGCUCGGGCUGGAGCACAUUCAUCAACUGACGACCGCCCGUGCACAUGAAAUAGUGAUCGAGAUGAAAGACUUUGAAGGCAACUACGGGUAUGCUCGUUAUAAUGGCUUCCAAGUAGGCAGCGAGAGUGAGCAAUACAGGCUGGAAAACGUGGGAUCGUACAGUGGCACUGCAGGUGACUCAAUGACAAAUCUCAACAAAAAGGCGCAAUUUUCAACAAAGGAUCGGGAUAACGAUGGGUAUCAGAGUACUCAUUAUGCUGCUUAUUAUGCAGGUGGCUGGUGGUACACUUCAGGUACCUAUUCAAAUUUGAACGGAUUGUACAAGGACGACAGCACAGUAAAAUCAAUGUUUUGGAUUCAGUUCAAAAAUGAUCAUCGGGGAAUGAGAUUCACCAGAAUGAUGAUCCGCGAAUUAUAA